UUGGCUGCUGUGGUCACAUGAUUUCAGAGAAUCGUCUCAGAGAAAGUGAAUCUUAACAGGACAGACUGAGCUCAGAGCUGCUGUGACUGCUGACACCUCAACAGUUCCUCUCAGCACGAGUCUCUCCACUGCUCCUCCUCAGACGAUCAGAACACAUCAGCUGAAGAGAACCCACUCUCACUUCACACUAGAAUCGUCUCAGAGAAAGUGAACCUUAACAGGACAGACUGAGCUCAGAGCUGCUGUGACUGCUGACACUUCAACAGUUCCUCUCAGCACGAGUCUCUCCACUGCUCCUCCUCAGACGAUCAGAACACAUCAGCUGAAGAGAACCCACUCUCACUUCACACUCACAGACCAUGGAAAUUGCUAAGGCCACUCAGAGUCUCACCACUGCAGCAGAUAUGCGAGAGACCACCAAGAUGCUGAUGCAACCUAAUGCAAACUGGGAAGAGUACCUGACUCCUGCCCCCCUCUCCAUCGCCAUCAUGGGGGAGCUUGUCUUCAUCUCCUCAUGUGAUGACUUCUCCAUCAACAAGAACCCCCCAAAGAAUGGCUACAAGUACAUACAAUACCCAGACUCGUUCCGGGCCUGCCUCAUGCAAGUCUGUAACUCAGGCUGGCAUGCAUUCAAUGAGGCCCACAAGAAUAUGGAUCAGAUCCGCAUUCACACAGCCUCAGUUCCUGAUUACAUGAAGGCAGUAGUCAAGGUCCUUUUCAAUGCACCUGAUGAAGUUAUUGACAAGCUCCUACCAAAUCAGCUGGAAAACAUUCGCACCAUUGCAGAUGAGUGUGUGAUCCUGGCAGACAGUGUUGAAAAGAAGUACACCAAUGUCAUCAACUUAAUCCAGGAACUGUUGGAGGCCUGUGUCAAUGCUGAACACUUUUAUGGAGAAGAGCUGGAGAAGGUGAAGAUGAAGCUUAAGGAAACUGAAAUACGAGAGAAGACCGCCAGUGAGCUUAAAGAACAGUCCAAGAAAGCAAUGGAGGCCAUGGAAAAGCAAGUAAGUGAAGCACAAGCAAGCUACAAGGAAGCAAUGGACUCUCUUCCCUCCGGAUGGGAAAUGAUUGGAAUGGAUCUGGUUGAAGGACUUUCAAAGGCAGUGACAGGACUUCUUAAUGGAGUCGUUAACCUGGUAAGUGCUCCAGUAAAAACAGCCUGCAGUUCAGCAGAAACAGCCUCAGACACAUACCAUCACAUCAAAUCGAAAAAUGAAAACGAAGAUGUGCUCUCAGUCUGCUGUAAAUCCCCAGAGAUUCUUUCCAUUGUGGAAAGUCUUACACAAUAUUUGAAGGAAGGAAAAAUAGCCUGGCAGGACCUAUAUGAUCAGAAAACACAAUCCAUAAAGUCAGACUGGUCUAAAGAUCAAUUCAGAAGAAUCUCUGAGUCCUUGAUGAAGAUGAAAGGGAGCAAACUUCAGAAGCGUGCUGUGGAACUUUGUGAAAUGGGUGAUAAGAUCUGUGAAGAACUGGCCACAUACAAACCUGGUGAAAAUUGGGUUGACAAGAAAGAAGCAAAGCUCGUAGAGAAACUGAACAAACUGGAUGAACAAUCCCGCAUCUUUGACACCAAAUGCAAAAAAAAAUUGGGCUCUCCAGCUUUUGCUCCUACAUCACCAAUGAUGAGCAAAGCACAAAGCAACACAGAAGGUCAGUCUACCAGUCAGAGAGCAGCAGAUAACGCUCGUUUCAAAAUUGAGCAGAGCCGAGAACAACUCAAGGAAUCACGGGAGGCCUAUGAGAAAAUUGCGGAGAAAAUGGAGCAGAAUCAGAAGGAGCUGACUGAGAUCUUGGUUGAAAUGCAGAACUGUAAGAUCAAGGAGAUUAACUUUGACACCACCAUCAAGAUGCUGUUCAAGGGUCUCGAUGCCAUGGGCAGAGUCAAAGAGCAGUGGGAGAAGAUGGUGCGCUUCUUCCAGAUGAUCUCUAACAUCGUCAAAUGCAGCCUCAGCAAGACACUGAAUUCUUUUGUCUCAACAGCUGAUGAUACAAAGAAACUCAGUUACAACCAUAAACUAUUUGUAAAAGACAUGCUGUACAACCAGGCGUUCCAAGCCUCCAACGUUGCCAGUCUGGUCCACAUGAUCUCAGGGACCUACACUGAAGUGUCCAGCAAGUACUUGAUGGACAGAGUGAGCAGUCUGGGCAAGCUCAUGGCCAUGGAUAAGGAGAAGCCAGAAUUCCUUAACGAGCGUUUGAAUCUGCAACAGUCCUGCGCAGCAGCGCAGCAGGGCAUCCUUCAGCUGGUCCUCAAGAACAAGAGGGAGUUUGAGAGGAAGACAGAUGACAGGAUGGCAAAAAUAGAGAAUGGUCUGAAAGCAAUUCUGCCAGCUGCCUCACCCCAGGAGACUGAGAAAAUCAAACAAAUAGUUCAAGCUGGGUUUGGUGAAGAAGAAGAGAAUUACUACUAGAACAAAAUUUCUACCAGUUAUGAAAUUGUCACCUAAUUCUGCUCGUCACCUAUUUUUUUCAUUACUUUUAUUGAUCAAUAAUCCUUAGAGAUUUUGAUUCCUUUAACAUUACUGAUGAUUUUAAUAUUCACAUUGACAAUCCUACAGACAUCUCUUCUAAAGAGUGUAGUGUAAAAACAAGCUGUAACUGCAAAGAGUGAUUGAAGUAAUAAAUCAAUAGAUAUACACUGGCAUAAGGUGAUUAUGUUUGAAAUGUCUGUUGAAGUUAAUAUACUCAUUUACACAUUGUUUCUUGUAUUCAGAUAUUGUACUCACACACACACAUUUGGUCAUAUACUGCAUGGAAGUACGUGGAAACUAAAGUGGAAAGUACCUAGAGUUCUCAGUGUUUUUGAGUUCAGUGUAUACUCAGUAUUAAUGUGUACUCAAUGUUUUUAAAAAAUAGCGUGAGACCUGGCUCAAACACAAUGGUGGGAAGGUUUGGGGCAUUCCAGCCCAGGCUGAUAUGGCCUUAGUCUCACCACCAGACAAUCAGAAAUCUCCGCCUUCUAAUAGUCUGGGGACACUCCUUUCUAAAGUGUGUUUAACACACUGGAGAAAACGGCCAGCAACAAAGCAACGCCUCUUGCAUUUUUGAAAAGGACACGCCCUCCCAGAAAUGUGCACUCCCCCUUUUCUCGUUCGCAAGGACACAAACACACAGAGAGCUUGAAAAUGGAUGCCAAGUGAUUUAACUCCGUUUUAUCAAACGUGUGCUCAGUCCACAAGAUUGUAGAAAUGAAGGACUUACAGCGACUUUGUACCGCUACACGUGUUCUAGUUGGACUAUGUUUACGAGCACAAGAGUUCAGCGAGCCACCGAAGGACCGCCCUGCGGAUUUACUAUUGGUUCUGCAAUGUAGGGAGUUUUUUUAAACUCUGAAAUUGUAUCCACCCAUCUAAAUACAAAAUCAUGGAGAAAGACAUCAGUCUUUAGUGAAGCAAAGCGUUUAAAGACUGACUUGUGAGUCUAAUAUGGCCUUGGCCUUGGACACCAGUAUGACUCAUACCCAGGUGACUCAAAAAGAAUACAUCAUUAAGAUUGGACUCAACCAAAGGCAAAAACAUGCCACCAUUGUGUUUGCAGAAUCUUCAGCAGCAUAAAAGGGAGCGCACAGAGAGUGAAACUUCAGUCUUGUUCCGGAGCUUGACUCAUGAGUUGUGUGUUAUUGCUUGUGAACACAUUAAACUUGGUUGCUCCUGA